ACAGAUUCUAGGCACAGUCUGCCACAUUAGCCCUGUCCAUCGACAAUGGUCAUUUCUUCGAAGCGUCGACGAAUCCCCUAUCUCUUCCUCUUCCUGUUCUUUUCCAUCGUCCUACUGCUUGCCUGGGCUCCUCGAAGUAUGGCGGCGAAAGCUAAGAAUGCAAAGACUAAGGACACAAUAAAGCAAAAAAAAGGACAAAAGGAGCAGAAGUCUCCCCAAAUGAAGAAGCAGGGUGAGACCGCUACGCCAAAAAGGCAGCAAAAACAACAGCAAAGGCCGAGAGAGAAAUUGGAGGACCUCUCUCUCAUGGAUGACACAAAAGAAAACCGGCAGUACCAUGCCGCGAGGGUGAUGAAGGGGACACCUUUGAUCGAGAUCCUAGAAGGGCUCGUGCAAGAGGCAGCGCGCUUGAAAGGCAGCGAGGCCGCCGAGGAAAUUCGGAAGGCCAUCCUCGAGUCGGACACUCGGGCCCUGACCCAGGUGAUGGAGAAGGCGUACGCCGGGACCUUCUCGGCCGAAGAGCUCGCUUUCAUCGCCGACUACAGCAACUCCGAGGUCGGGAAACGUGUGCAGCGGAAGAUGAGCCAGUACGUGGCCAAGGUCACGCCCGCCAUGGAGGCCUUCACCAAGGAGGUGUUCUCGGGCCCGGGGCUGCAGGGCCAGGGACAGGGGCCACAGGAGUGGCAGGACCAGCAGGCCCUCUACUCCUCCAAGGGCACCACUGUCUACAUGAACGAGGGAAAGCCCAAGGGCAGGCAAAAGGAGCAGGGGAAGAAAAGGGCAGCGGCCCGCGCGGGCCCCGCCAGUGCCAACGGCGGCGAUGGGGAACUCUAGGCGAUGUGGAGAACGUCCUCCAGGGUGGCAGAUUGUGCGGGUUCUCGUUGUGUCGGGUCGGUUUUGAGGGAGCAAAUGUUCCGCAGACAGCGGGUUGAUAGAUCAUGCGGGGGCCAAAACUGAGAACAAACGGGAAAGACGC